AUGUCUUCAUCCAAGCCCCGUGUGCUCUUCGUCCUGACAUCUCACAGCGAGAUGGGGACGUCAGGCAAGACUACCGGCUGGUAUCUGCCCGAAUUCGCACAUCCAUACAACAAACUAAAGGCGGUUGCCGAUAUCACCGUUGCGUCCCCAGCUGGGGGCGCAGCUCCCGUUGACCAAGGCUCAGUUGAUAACUGGAUCAAAGACGAAGAAUGCCGACAAUUCUGGGAGAACGAAUCAGCCCUCUGGAAGAACACACAGGUCCUGUCGACUUUGGUGGGAAAAGCUAAGGAUUUUGCCGCCAUCUUUUAUGUCGGCGGCCACGGCCCAAUGUAUGACCUCGCUACCAAUGCCGACUCGAUUCAGCUCAUCAAGGAGUUCUUUGAGAGCGGCAAAAUCGUCAGCGCAAUCUGCCAUGGCUCAGCCGCCCUCGUCAACGUCAAACUCUCCGACGGCAGCUACCUCGUCGCCGAUACCGAGGUGACGGGUUUCUCCAACGACGAAGAAGAUCAGAUCAAGUUGUCAGAAUUCAUGCCAUUCAUGCUCGAGACCGAACUUAAUAAAAGAACUGGCGGAAAAUAUGUCAAGGCUGACAAGCCGUGGGGAGAAUGUGUCGUUGUCUCGAAGGGAGGCCGCUUGAUCACCGGACAGAAUCCUUUCAGCGCUGAAGCUACUGGGAAAGCACUUGUCGAGGCAAUCAGCAAGUGA